AUGCGACUAUAUGAAUUCGUUAGAAGUUUUGAUUUGGCAAUAGCAUGGCUUCGACAUACUGAGAGCAAAGCAGUUCACACAAGCGAAAACACAAAACCAGUCUUAACCACAAUCCUGCCCGAAUUAGAGGGGAGCGCAGCGGUGGUGUUUACAAGGAAUGUGUUCUUCAUGGUGAGGAAGCAUUUGAACAGGCAGGGACUUCUAAUUUCUGAGGGCUGGAGCGAGGAUGGAGGGAGUCGUACAUAUUAUUACUCGAAAUAUGGUGGACACGAAAUUAGUUGGAGGGUGGUUUAUGAUAGGUCAAUGGAGAAGCUAAUCUGCUCUUGCAUGAAAUUCGAGUCAAAGGGGAUUCCUUGUGCUCACAUGUUUCGCGUGAUGGUGGUAGAAGGAAUGAACAGGAUCCCAGAAGCAUGCAUUUCGAAGCGGUUGACAAAGGGAGUUUACAGUACUAAUAAUGGAAUGAAAGCAUUUGUUGCAGACGAACAGCUGACACAAAUGGCCAGAUAUGGCACUUUAAAGUCGAGCUGUAAUAGUAUGUGUUACUAUGCGUCCUACAUGGAUGAUGCGUUUAAUGACCUGCAGCAGAUGUUUGACAAGCAUUCUGUGGACCUAAAGGAGAAGUGGAUUGAAAGUGGAUAUGGGGGAGACGGAUUUGCAAUGGAUUCAAGAGUGAUGAACGAUAGAAGUAGAAGAACAUUCGGGCUGUUAGAUCCCAGGGUGUCCCGGUGUAAAGGUGAUCACAAGCAUGGAGAAACAAAGAAGAAAAGAAAGUGUGGUUAUUGCAGGCAGGCCACAACCAACGAACAUGCCCAUACAAAAAGAAUUCGCACAACACAGCAGUUCAUGAUGAUCAUAUGGAAAAUUGUUUGGAUGAAUCGCUGGAAAAAUCAAUUGAAAUUGGUACGGGGUGGAGCGACUCAGGCGAAUGGAGAGGACAAGCAUUUGCACCACAAGCAUGCGGUAGCGGUGGAAGGGACACAGGUGACCAACAAAGAAGUCCAGGAGAAAGAUGAGGCACAACUGCUGUGA